AUGUCCGAAGGGGCUUAUGAGUACCAAGAGACUAGCCAAGGGUUACCACAAAAAGUUGUUGGGGUUCUUCAAGUGGAUGAUGUUGCAGCUAUUCGGGAUGAUAUAAGUACUCUUACUAAUGUGAUGUUAAGGGUGUUUCCUCAAGCUCAGCAGAUCAAAAUAGUUCAGCAUAUUCAGCAAGCAGCGUGUGUAAGUUGUGGUGAACCUCAUGAUUAUUAUAACUGCCCAUUGAAUCCAGAAAGUGCCUCCAAAAAGAGGAACAUAGCAGAAGCAGAACUUAUCCCUCCUAAGCGAGCUGAGCCAAAGCAGACAGCCGCAGAGCAACCCGUAGAGGAAGUGGUUCGACCACCCCCUCCUUUUCCAGAGCGACUUCAGAAGCAGAAAGUAGAUUCGGCUUGCAAGAAAUUUCUUGAACUCUUAAAACAGGUACACAUCAACAUUUCUUUGGUGGAGCUUUUGCAAGAAGUUCCAAAAUAUGCGAAUACUAGAGUGAGGAGUAAAAUUCCUCCCAAGUUGAAAGAUCCGGGUAGCUUCACGAUUUUGAUUACUAUUGGCAACAUUGAAGUUGGGCUAGCAUUGUGUGACUUGGGUGCUAGAAUUAAUAUGAUGCCUACUUCCGUGUUCCGAACGUUGGGCUUGGGUGAGCCUAGGCCAACGACUGUUACUUUGCAGCUAGCUGAUCGAUCUCUUGCUUAUCCUAACGGUAUUAUUGAGAAUGUUCUUAUAAAUAUGGGAUCGUUUAUUCUGCCGGUUGAUUUUGUCAUACUUGAUUAUGAGGCAGAUAGAAGUGUCCAUCUCAUCAUGAGGAGAGGAUUCUUGGCUAUUGUUGACGUUGUGAUCUGA